GAAAGUUUCUCCCUCAGUAAAGAGCAGCAGGAGAGCGGUGAGUGCUCUCAGGGUUUCAGAGCUGCUGGAUCUGCUGGAUUAUGCUGUGGAGUGUCUGAGAGCUGAGAGCGGCUCUGUGGAGGAUUUUAAUCAGCGCCUCUGCUGCUUCUGGAGCUGCUCUCCGGACCCGGACUGAGUGUGUGAGAGAGUGGUUUCCGUCGGUGAUCGCCUUUUUCCACUGCCACUGUUUCCCUGCACCUCUGCUUCUUCUCUUCAAGGCGCACACACACCGUUUCUGCCGCGCUGUGUGCGAGCCCAGGAUGAAAACACACACUAGAGGCUGAAGCGUCUGCCUGGUUGAAGGAGUCGAGCGCUAAACGCUCGAGUUCAACACGGCCACUUCCUGAUGAUGACAGUAAACAUGGAUGACGGUCUCCAAAAUGGGCCUGGACCACACAGGAAUACACAAGAUGAUGAGGAGGCUCUUAACUCCAUCAUGAAGGAUCUGGCAGCUCUGCGAUGUUACCAGCUCAACAGCAACAACAGCCACAAGCCCAAGACCAGGCAGCAGAGCUACAGACAGGAUCUGCGAGUGAAGCUGGAGCAUGAGAGAGAGAAACGAAUCAUUCCAUUUCAGAAGCCUCUGAAGUUCAGAGAGCUUCUGCAGAAGGUGAUCGAGGCCUUUGGUCAGCAUAUGGACUUAUACUACACCGACAAGGAGGCUCUGGUAGCUCUGAAGUGUCAAGAGGAUUUGGACCGUGCCGUGCAGAAUGUGAGCUCAGGAACCAACGGCCUUCUGAGGGUUCUGCUGAAAACACCUACAAACAACCAUUUUCUGCAGGUGAACAGUCGGGAUAAGCAGAGUGAGAUGAAGUCGUCCAGGUCGCUGGGAGAUUUAAAGGGCUCUCUGAUUAAAGGCUCUGAACGAGUGCGCAAACACUCUACAGGUUCUCUGCACACAGGCCGCAGCUCGCCCCCUCCAGGCAGUGUUCCCGAGGAGCAGCAGCAGAUCGCCCGGCAGGGUUCUUACACCAGCAUCAACAGCGAGGGAGAGUUCAUCCCAGAGACACUCGACCCUAACAUCAUGGAGCCUUUCGGUAGCGCUGAUGGCUCGCUCUCCAGCAGCUGUCAGUCUCUGGACAAAGCGCUCGACAGUCCUCCGUUCUCUCAGAACAACCGAGACAACAAUUACCUGAACCUCAACUUUGACUAUAAAGGCCGUCACGGAAAGCACGGGACCUUUCCCAGGCAGUUCCACAUAUCCAACCGCAGCAAGGACUAUGGUGACGGUCGGAGGACGUUUCCCCGCAGCUUCAUGCCUCAGGAGAAUCUAUUCCAGUUGGUUCCGUCCAGCCGCACACGCAGCUAUAAUGGAGAUAGCAUGCUGCAGUACAGUGGAGACAUGCAUUCCAUUACCUGGACUGACAAGAGCAGCCAGCGCAGUGCUGCUAAAUCCCCACAGGCACCAGUCAACUGGCGUCAGGGGAAGCUGCUGGGUCGCGGUGCCUUCGGUGAGGUUUACCUCUGCUAUGAUGCCGACACGGGUCGAGAACUCGCAGUCAAACAGGUUCCCUUUGACCCCGAGUGUCACGAGACCAGCAAGGAGGUGAAUGCACUGGAGUGUGAGAUUCAGCUGUUGAAGAACCUUCGUCAUGAGCGCAUCGUCCAGUAUUAUGGCUGUCUUCGGGAUCCUGAGCAGAGGAAGCUCUCUAUCUUUGUGGAGUUCAUGCCCGGGGGCUCUAUAAAAGACCAGCUGAAGGCCUACGGUGCUCUGACUGAGAAAGUGACCCGCAGAUACACCAGGCAGAUCCUGCAGGGCGUCUUUUACCUCCACAGCAAUAUGAUUGUACACAGAGACAUCAAAGGCGCUAACAUACUGAGGGACUCUUCCGGAAACGUGAAGCUGGGAGACUUCGGAGCCAGCAAGCGCAUUCAAACCAUCUGCAUGUCAGGAACAGGCAUCAAGACAGUCACCGGCACCCCCUACUGGAUGAGCCCAGAAGUCAUCAACGGAGAGGGAUAUGGCCGCAAAGCUGAUGUCUGGAGUGUGGCCUGCACAGUUGUGGAGAUGCUGACACAAAAGCCUCCCUGGGCUGAAUAUGAAGCUAUGGCGGCCAUUUUCAAAAUCGCCACCCAGCCCACUAAACCCAACCUGCCAGAGGGCGUGUCGGACGCCUGCAGGGACUUCCUGCGGCAGGUGUUUGUGGAGGAGAAGUGGCGGCCUACUGCCGAGGGGCUUCUCAGCCAUCCUUUCGUCCAGGGUGGCUUCUGAAAGUGCCGGGAAGCUUAACAAGGGCCGGGGCCAGUAAGAACUGACCCCACGACAAUCACCACUCUGCCUUCCAGGGUCCAGGAGAACCUGCCAAAACCUCUCCUGUCCACCCAGAACAAACUAGCCCUCCAGAGGGGGAGCUGCGGAUCUCACACCACACUGCCCAUUCACAUACGCCCCUUGUGUGCCAUGUAGUGUAUUGGCCUUUCGGCUGCCACUGUUGGUCUGUGGUCUGCAGAUGCAUCAGCAUUGAUCAUACACACGUACAUGCAUUAGAGAUUUGGACUGCAAUGGUGGGGCGCCAGAGUUUGUUUACAUUUACAUGUCCCUAGAAGAGAUCAUGUUUCUAUGAAUAAACACUGAGGUGUAGGUUUUUUUGUUGCUGUUAAAAUACCCAGAGCAAGAAUGAGCCACUGCAUCAUUCAACCAGGGAUCAGAAACUAAAUAUUUUUCUUUUUGGUUUGUUUCUGAAUUGACAAGGCAUCAUUUUUCAAUUGGAAACCAAAUGUUUAACCAUUAAUAAUGUUUAUGUGAUAACAGUGUUCAAUUAUCUGACUAAGUACAUUAUUUCCAUAUAAAUACAUUAUAUUACUUCAAAUGGUUUAAAUGUAAAUAAUGUAAUAAGUGGAAAUAAUGUGGAAAUAAUUACUUUUUCACUGCACAGUAAAUAAUACCACUGUUAAUUGUUUAACUACAUUUCAAAAGAUUAAUUUAAAAAAAGGUUUGCUCCCAUUUUCAACAGUAUUGUGUCAUGAGUGGGCUGUUUCUAAUCCCUGGACAAAGAAUAUGGCGUGAUGGUCAUUCUGGGGUUUUAGAGGCAUUUAAAAAAAGCCUGGCUCACUGUUUGAGAGUGAAGAAAUACAAAAAUCAAACAGUCCAAUUAAGGGUUCGUUUUGGUGUAGAACUGUCCUGAACUUGGGGGGGGGGGGGUUCCAUUUUGGCAGUUGAGUGGAACAAAAAUCCUUUUUUUUUUUUCAUUUCAAAAUGUCAAAAACAAAAAAAUCCUGGGGUCAUAUGUAUAACAAUGUGUGUACAAACAGCACCACUGUGCUUGUGAUCUAAAUUGUGUACAAAUGGUUCCUGAUAUCAGAUAUUGGGAUAAGAAAAGAUAAUGCUAUAGCAGUUAACAUCUAGCUAAUAACAAGUAGAACAGUAGCUAACAUGUAGCCAAUAUGGUCUAAAGUAGUAAACAUCUAGCUACCAUCAGGAACAACAGUUAACAAAAUCUAAAGGAGUAAACAUCAGCUACAUUAGUUAACAUCUAGCUAAAAUCCGCUAAAGUAGUUAACAUCUAGCUAACAUCAGCUAAAGUAGUUAAAAUCUAGCUAACAUCAGCUAAAGUAGUUAAAAUCUAGCUUACAUUAGCUAAAGUAUUUAACAUUUAGCUAACAUCAGUUAACAGUUAACAUCAAGAUAACAUGAUUUAAAAUAGUAAACAUUAGCUAAAGUAGUUAACAUCUUGCUAACAUUAACUACAACAGUUAACGUUUAGUUAACAUCAACUAAAACAGUUAACAUUUAGCUAACAUCAACUAGAACAGUUAAUAUCUAGCUAACAUCAACUAGAACAGUUAACAUUUAGCUAACAUCAACUAGAACAGUUAAUAUCUAGCUAACAUCAACUAGAACAGUUAACAUUUAGCUAACAUCAACUAAAACAGUUAACAUUUAGCUAACAUUAGCGACUGUAUUUAGCCUUGUUAGCGAUGCACCCACACUAUAUCAGCUGUCUCACACACACCCAGGACUCCUACUGAGCACAGCAAUAUUGUACAGAGCUCGUUCUUGUUUACUUUGAAACAUAACUCUACAGAAUGAACUCUUAUUUUUAAUAAAAGUAAUAAUAUUAUAUGAUAAAAGGCAGCUUGGAUAUGAAAUAUCAUAUUAAGUGAUCUCUACUUAAUAUGCUCAGUUUUAAACUGUUUUUGAAAAAAAGUCACUUCCAAUGAAUACCUCUACUUUACACUACUUGUCAGUAUUUCUCGUUCUCUCCCCCGGAUAUUCCUACACACUUUCAUUUUUGACAGAAUAUUAAUUUAUUUUAACAUACGUUUUGCUCAGCAUUAUUUCUGUGUGUACACACUCUUUAUACAUAUGACCCCUGGUCUAGUCCGUUGAAUGUGGUGAUUUUAAACUUUGGUGCCAUUUCUUUAGAAUACACAGCAGUGGCCUGCCGUUUCUGGAGCGAAUCCAUACUGUAAGAUACUCCGUUGAGUAAUAUUUGUUAAGAUUACUGUGUUUGAUGGUUAGAAUCUAACCAAGUUAGAGUGACACAGACCAGCACAUGUAAAACCACCAAAGUGGUGAAUGUGUAAGCCAGAGAAAUUUGUGUGCUUUUCUUUGAGACUGCAAUGUCGUCUCAGCUGAAGAAGAUUGUGGAUAAAAAUCUUUUGUUUUUUGGUUCGUUUUUUUUCUACAGACAACAUUUUUGUUAUUAGUCUUUCACAGCACUCGUUUAUCAGUGAAGUCACUGUAAAUUAAAGUCGUACGUUUCUGUGGCUACUUUUGACUUGCAAAUACGUACAAUUUUAAAUAUGCAGGAUAAUCAGCUGAGAUUACAAAAAGCUAUUUUUAUAAAUAAAAAAUAUUAUAUAUGAACAUUUUUAACUAGAUGUUUGGGGAAAAGAUACCAGUUUUCGUAUUAUUUGAAAAGUUUGCUCGAGGCAACCUUCUCGAAGCAAUUGCUCGAAGCAAUAUUCCAGUCAAGACUAUCAGCUGACUGAGUUGUUGAUGUUCCAUUUUAGUGCAGUUAUAUAGAAAUACAGUAAGUUCAUAUUGCCAAAACCAACCAAAGAGAAAGUGUUUUUUUUUUUUUUACUACAAACAUAGUAUGUGUUUCAUAACAGUUCCAUUGUUAUCUUGCAUAUGCAGUCAUAUCUGUGUUUUUUUCCAAAUGAUAUUUUCUAGGACCUUCAGUGCAGAUUCAUUUUUGUAUCCAUGCUGUUAAUUGCAACUGGAACUGAUUAUAUUUCAGUCAUUUUCUGUAUGAAAACACAGUAAGCAUUCCUUUGACUGUAUAAAUGUCCUCCAGUUUAUUGCAAAGUAAUAAUGACAGGUGGGGCACUAAACAUCAGCCACAAUGAGUGCCUUUAUGCUGAACUGAGACCUUUUUAAAAGCAUUUAAUGUUGGAAUGUACAUUCAGUCCCCUUCAUUAAGUUGAAGCUCCACUCUUCAUAAGUGGCAACCAUGAAUGAUGCUGUAUUUGUAAUGUAUAGACUUGCUAAGGUGAUUAUAAAAAGAAAAAUGGAUUGUAUUGUUAAUACAGGGCUUAUAGAAAGCGUUAUCACCCUUAUAGCAUUUCAGCACAAAAGAGAUGACACUUUGUUUUGGUCUGUACAGUCCAAAUGGCAACAUCAAAAAUUAACACAAACUAGGUAGACAGUACUAUUGCAGCAUUUUCAGUAUAAGCUCAUCUGUAAUUCACAGAUUAGCUCAGACAUUAAUUACAUUACGAAAUAAAAAAAGUGGACCUUGAAUUAAUGCAACCGCCCAUUUAUAUUCUAAUACAGGUACAUAUUGAGUCAGUGUAUUUUUUAUGUUUAGUUGUAAGUAAAGGAAAAUAUGUCAAAAUGAUGACAUACACUACAGACUAGGCUGAUAAAUUACCUUAUAAAGAGACUUUGUGUGGAUAAGUACAGGCACUAACAUUAAUAAAUUAUAAAAAAAAAUAAGCAGGGAAAUUCCAAUAAUAAACUAAUAAGACCAAGAGAAGGCUGGCCUUCUGUACUAUAUGGUCAGUCAGUAAAGACAGAGAGAUAUUAGGGAAGCUCAAAUCUGUGUAGUAUAAUAUUGGACAGUUCUGUAUUACCGUAUGUCAACGCUGUCAUGUAAAAACCUCCUAUCUUUAAAAGGGCAGCAUUAUGAGCGAAGGAAAAAAAAUUGUAAACUUUGAAUAGAAGUAAUGUUGGAGCAUUUAUAGGUCCAUUCGUCGUGAUAUUUUAACACAAUGUAAAUUUCAGAAUGUCAGAUUCACACUAAAAAACGACAACAUUAAAAUACAGGGUUUUUGUGUGAUAGAUACGAUGUGUAACAAAAAUACACAAGAUCCAAAGAAAAACUCCAACAUUAGGUCACCAAUGUUUUCAAAACAUCAGAAUAAUUCAACUUUAAAGAUGUAAGCAAAGUCAUUCAGACUGGUCUGGAGAAACUUACUAUGCCAUAAUUGUUCCCAGUUAUGGGUUGUAUACUUCUAAAUGCUCCUUUAAAAACUAAAGACAUAACAUGCAUGUGAUUGUUAUGAUUGAAACAUUAAUUUUAAACUAUUUAACUCUAUAAGGCCAGGAAAUGUUAACCUUAUUAAAGGGUGUAUAAACUUUCUAUAAGCCCUGUAUAGAUUGUACUGCACUUUUUACAAGAUGUUUUAUUAUAUACCUUAGUUACAAUAUUACCAAAAUUGUAGAGCUGGAUUUUAGAUCUUUACUGAAAUGAUGAAAAUGGCCUCAGUGGUUUUUGAGCGAGGCUGGGAAUUGAAAAUUCUUUAUUGCCUUGAUGACAAAGCCUAAACACAUUUAUUCUGAACGUGAUUUUGUACAUUUGAAUAAAUAAAUUAAAUGUUUAAAA